CCCAAUCACAACAAGUAACUUUCUCUCUAGCUCUCUCUCUCUCUGUCUUCUCCAGUCUUGUUGUGUGAAUUUGAUUCGUAUUAUUGUCUUCUCCAAUUUACCAGGAUUGUGCAGAGAUGACAACUGAAUCAAACGCUCCGUCAGUAGAUCCACUCACCGUGGGCAAUGCCUUUGUUGAGAAAUACUAUAACCAUCUUUACGAAUCGCCCGCGGAAGUUUACAAAUUCUAUCUCGAGAAUAGUGGGAUUUUACGGCCGGGUCUCGAUGGUGAGAUGGUUUCUAUCAAGUCUUUGAAAGCUAUUAAUGAUCAGAUAAUGUCCAUUGACUACACAAACUCGAAGAUUGAGAUUCUGACUGCUGAUUCUCAACCAUCUUUAAAGAAUGGUGUUGUAACUCUAGUCACGGGUUUAGUGAUAAAAGAUGGAGGAAGAAGGAAAUUUUCUCAAAGUUUCUUCCUUGUGCCGCGGAAUGGAAGCUACUUUGUGCUGAAUGAUACCUUUAGGUAUGUGUCUGAUGAGAUUGUUGAACCAGAAGCUACCAAGGAGGUUGAGGAGAUAAUCGAGCCAACAAACAGUGUAACCGGUUGGUACUUUACGAAUGAGCGUGAAAAGGAGAUUGUAGAUGCGGUUACUGUCCCGACUCAAGCUACAACUUCGGUGACAAAACCCGCAGCUGCCAUAGCAAACGGACAUGCAAAUGUCCCCAAGGAUAAUAAAGUUGUGAAUGAAAACAGCAACGAACCUAAAGCUGCUGAAACCAAACUUGAAGAGGCGGCUCCCAAGAAAUCCUUUGCAUCAGUUGUCCAAUCUCCGGCUCAAAACGGUAGUGGAUUCCAUGUUAAAGCUUCACCAAUUAAGCCUAAACGUGUCGAGAAACCGACUGUUGCUCCCGAGCGUAAGGCUCCUUCCCCAAUUCAUCAACAGGCUUCUGCUAAAAUCAUUGAACAACCAGCCAAGGGUGUUUCCAUAUUUGUUGCAAACUUGCCUAUGGAUGCGACGACUGAGCAACUCUAUGAAACAUUCAAAGGUUUUGGAGCGAUUAGAAAAGAUGGUAUCCAAGUCAGAAGUUACCCGGAAAAGAAGAACUGUAUUGGGUUUGUGGCAUUCGAAAAUGGUGAAGCAGUAAAAAGUGUCUUCCAGGCUCACAAGGAAUCUCCAAUCAGAAUCGGGAACCGACGAGCAUCUAUAGAAGAAAAGCGAGGAGGUAGCAACACUCAAAAUGGCAGCAGACCCUCUGCACGAAACAACGGUGGUUACUAUAGGAAUGAGAAUGGUCACAGAAACGAUGGAUACAAACCUCGGGGCAAUGGUGUCAGUGGAGGAAGAGGCUAUGGGAGACGGAACAAUGAGUCUGAUGGGGAUGGUAAAGCAUACCAGAACAACGGCCAUGGCAAUACUGAGGCCAAAAACUAGUAUAGUUUUUGCUUCUUCCAAGUUUUGUUCAUCGGUUUAGGUUUUAGGCGAUGUUAAAACAGAAUUUAGUUUUCAUUGAUAUUCUAGGCGAUGAUCAUUUCGGUUUGAGAUUUUGUUUUGGGAUAAAUCUAGAACAUAUUUCUUCACUGUUUGAUCUGUACCUUCUCAUGAACAAAGGAGAGAACAAAAUUGAAUUGAUUUUAAGGUUC